AUGGUGAGUGAGAACAAGGAGGGGAAUCCUCAACAGGAAGGUCCUGAGCAUGUGGAUCCAGGUGAGAUGAUAUCAGGAAGUUCUGAAGGGGAUGUUUCUCAGUGUGCUGAGCAGGGAGAAGCCCGUGAAAGUCAGUGCAAUCCAGAGAGGCAGCAGAGAAACCAUGCAAGGGAGAACCAGUGUAAAUCUACUCACAGGAGCCAAGUGGUCAAGAAAAUCAAAGAAACUGUUCAAAAGAGAAUCCCCAGUGGAGACAGACCCCAUACAUGCAGUUUCUGUGGGAAAAGCUUCUGCUGGAGAUCAGCCUUUAUUAGUCACCAGAGAACCCACACAGGAAACAGACCCUACAAAUGCAACGAGUGUGGGAGAAGCUUUAGUCAGAGCUCAACUCUCACGAUUCACCAGAGAAUCCACACUGGGGAGAGACCCUACAGAUGCAAUGAGUGCGGGAAAAGCUUUAGUCGGCGUGGAAACCUUCUAGCACAUCAGAGAAUCCACACAGGGGAGAGACCCUACAGAUGCAAUGAGUGUGGGAAAAGCUUUAGUCAGAAUGCAUACCUUCUAUCACAUCAGAGAACCCACAUGAAGGAGAAACCCUAUGUAUGCAAUGAAUGUGGGAAAAGCUUUAGUCAUAGCUCACAACUUCUAUUGCACCAGAGAAUCCACACGGGGGAGAGACCCUACAUAUGCAAUGAAUGUGGGAAAAGCUUUAGUCUGAGCUCACACCUUCUAUCGCACCAGAGAAUCCACACGGGGGAGAGACCCUACAGAUGCAACGAGUGUGGGAAAAGCUUUAGUCGGCGUGGAAACCUUCUCUUACAUCAGAGAACCCACACAGGGGAGAGACCUUUCAAAUGCCCGACAUGUGGGGAAAGCUUUGUUCAGCUCUUGAAACUUGUUAGACACCAGAGAAUCCACACUGGAGAAAAAACAUAUAAGUGUAAUGAGUGUGGGAAAAACUUCAGUGACAAAUCACAUUUUAAUAAACAUCAGAGAGUCCACACAGGAGAAAAGCCCUUUAAGUGCCCUGAAUGUGGGAAAAGCUUUGGUUCAAGCUCAGAUCUUAUUAUACACCAGAGAAUUCACACAGGGGAAAAACCCUAUAAAUGCAUUGAGUGUGGGAGAAGCUUUGGUCGAAGCUCAGACCUCACUAGACAUCAGAGAAAACACACAGGAGAGAAGCCCUACAAAUGCCCCAACUGUGGGAAAAGCUUCAGUGACAGUUCUGCCCUCACUAAACACCGGAGAAUCCACAGAGGGGAGAGACCCUACAGAUGCAAGGAGUGUGGGAAAAGCUUUCGUCACAUCUCAAACCUUCUAUUACAUCACAGAACCCACACAGGAGAGCGACCCUAUAAUUGUCCUGACUGUGGGAAAAGCUUCAGUCGAAGCUCAAAUGUUAUUACUCACCAGAGAAUACACACAGGGGAGAAACCCUUUAAAUGCCCUGAAUGUGGGAAAAACUUCAGUACACGUUCAGCCCUUACUGCACAUCAGAGAAUACAUAGCAGAGUGAGACCCUUAUCAAUGUCUUGACUGUGGGAAAAGUUUCUGUAACAGCUUAGCUUCUAUAAUCUCCAGGGAACCUACAUAGGGAGAAACACUACAAAUACAGUAAGUACAGGGAAAGUUUUAGUUGAACCUCACACAUUCUAUUACAUCAGAGAACCCACAUUGUGGGGAGGGGGAGGGGAACCUAUAACUGCCCUGACUGUGGGCUAAGCUUCAAUUGGAAAUAAACCGGUAUUAAGCAUCACAGAAUCCACACUGGAGACAGCCUGUAAAUGCUUUGAAUAUCAGGAUCAGGCAAGGCUGGAGUGGCCAUGCAAUAAGGAUGCACAAUAGUUGUUAAAACAGAGACUGAAAUCACCGUUCCAGAACAGAGCCCUGUAGGACAAAAGGCUGAGAUAAGAUUCCGAUGCUGUGAUGAGAUUUGAUCAUUACUUCUCAAGAAGCUCUGAACAUCCUCUGUACAGCUCCUAAAUUUGUUUGGUGCUAGAAAGCUCUUAUAUUCUGUGACUUCUCAUUUAUUCUUCAUAGUUUUUUUAGACCUGGGUCCACCAAGGGACUUAAGCAUUAUGAUGCUGAGUAUUGUGAUACCACGCUUCUAGACAAUCACGGAAACAACACUGGGAUCCAAAAGCCUGAGUUAGGCACCCGAGCAGUCUAUAAAAUGAGUGGGGAGAGAGAGACAUCUCAGAAUGUGACUCACAAAACCAAGCAUGCUAGGUGGGGAGCCACCUAACCUAGCCAAGGGGAGACACCUAAGGAGACAGGGGUGUCCUCAGUCCUGCCCUUUUCAUGUACAUAGGUACCUAAGUCCAGGCUCCAGGGAAGCACCUGUCUCUGCUUGUGAUUCAUAAACUAGGGAUGAUAAGUGCUCCUCUGCCGAUGGGGCCCCAUCCAGUUGGAGUGUUCCAAAGUCACCUAACACUACACAAAAUACCUGGGGCAGGGGAAAAAAGGACAAGGACCUCUCUUAUACCCUUUAGCCCAGUGGUUGAGGUACUCACCCAGGAGGUUCAAGUCUCUAUGCUGUUCAAAUCCCUUCACCUCACCAAGCAAUCUGCCACCUCCCAAGUGAGUGCCCUAGCCACAGGAUAUUCAGAGCUGGAAGUAUUCCUCAAUCUCCUUUGUUGAACCUGGUCCACUGUAUAAAAGUAUUCAGCUAAGAGAUGGCAGGUUCUAUGCUAAGGAAGGAUUCCAAGAAAAGGAUGGAAAGGAAUUUCUUGUGAUGCCUGAAUGCCACCUGCUGGAUGGACAGGAAACUUGCUAUGAUAGUUUGACCUGUCCAGUUAAUGAAUGACCACCUGCAAUAAAAGAAAAUGCUUCUCCAAAAGAAAAAAGGGCAAUGGAAACUUGCCUAAUAUGUCCUUUGGGGUAGAUUGAGUCCCCCAUUACAGCCACAUGGAGUGAUAAUGCAUAAAAAAGGUUUUGGGCUAGACAAUCCUAAAUUCUCUGUAAGCUGCUUGGCAGCAUGGCCGCGUAGCAGCCUAUUUAGCACUGUGCAAGUGCUUAGAGAACCUGCCUGGGGACCUGCCGCAGCUGGGGGAGGGGGCCCCCUCCCCCGGCCCCAACUCACCCUGCAGCCUUGACUUACCGCAGCCUGGACCCUAGCAUGGCCAGAUCAGGCCCAGGUGCAGCCGGAGCAGCCUGGACCUGGCCAGGGUGGUGCGGAGCAACCCAGACCCUGGUGCAGUCUGGGUGGCCCUCCCCGGCUUGGACUUGCUGGGGCCGGGAGAGGAGCAGCUGUCCUGCAGCUCCAGCCCCAGAGCUCCCGCAGCAGGGACAGGCACCUCUUUCCUCCUUCCCCCCCAGUCCAGGUGCUGCUGUGGAGAGAGAGCGCUGGGGAGAGUCCUCUUUCCCCACUGUAGCCCUGGAGCACCCUCUUACACCCCAAAUGCCUCAUCCCUGACCCCACCCCAGAGGCCACACCCCCAGCUGGAGCCCUCACAGCCCCACAUCCCAACCCUGAACCCCCUCCCACAAGAAUUCUUUGGCCUCACCGCAUCCCAUGAAUUUUGUUAUGUGCACCAUUAUGAAGGUGACAUGUCACACAUCACUUUCAUAUUGGUGCACAUAACAAAAUUCAUUCCACACAUGGGUGGAAAAAUUAGAGAGAACACUGCAAAAACCUCUGUCCAGCAAAACCUACCUCCAGCUGAUUGUGAUCAGCAUAUCAAACCCUGAUUCAGAGAAAGCUCGGUCAUUCCACAUGAGAAGUGUUCAUUUAACUCUCCCUAAAAGAGCAAUUUUCUUUGACUGAGAGUCCUUGGGAUGCUAAACUCCAGAAUCCCAGUAAUAAGCAGCUUGGGAGAAAAGAUGUUUCCCAGAAGACAGAAUCCUAAACCAAGCUACAAAGAAGAAGAUUUCACCCACAAAAAUAGAAGGGACUGGGAGGGUGAGCAGAGCCACUUCUUUAAAGUUCAGAAAAAAUUAGGAAAUCGGUUCUCAUUGCUAAAAUUCAACAGGUACUUUCUGUGCUUGGAAGGAAGAUAGACAUUAGUCUUUGAGCGUGUUUUCCUAGAAUACCUCAUCCACUGGAGUUCAGAUCUAUUUCAUAGAACCAGACUUUUGGUCUGGUAGAAACUUUUAAUUGGAAAAUACCAAAGUCAUAUAAACCUAUCAACUUCCAUCCAACUAUGAAAAAUAUCCCAAUUAAAAAUAGUAAAAAGGAAAUGAAUUAACUAGAAAUUGGAAAAAGAUAUAGAGUCUUAGGGCAUGGCUACACUGGAAACUUCAACACGCUGCUGCAGGAACACUCCUGUGGCAGCGCUUUGAAGUGCGAGUGUGCUGGGAGAGAGCUCUCCCGGUGCUUCUGGUAAUCCACCUCCACAAGGGGAAUAGCUCCAAGCUCGGAGCGCUCAGAGGGGAAGUUAGAGUGCUAUAAAAUGUAAGUGUAGACAAGCCUUAAAGUAGACUAAAGCUAUGUCUACACUGCACAGCUUACAGUGGCACAGCUGUGCUGCUAACACCUUGCCACUGAAAGGAACCCAGUGUAGCUGCUGUUUGUUGGUAGGAGAGAGCUAAGAACACUCCCUCAACCUUCUUGAUUAACUUUAAUUUGAAUAUGUAGCAUUGUCAUAUCCAGGGACCCACAUGGCUCUUAGAGACAAGUUGGGUGAGAUAAUAGCUUUUACUGGACCGACUUCUGUAGGUGAGAGAGACAAGCUUGAAAGCAUUCUCAAUAAAAAUAUUAUUUCACCCACCUUGUCUCGUUAAAUUGAAUUAACAUUUGAUUAAUUAAACUGCUUUUUGAGCUUUCACACUUGUAAACUUGCCUAUUAACUCCACCAAAUCAGAGUUAAUCCUCUCGGCUCUGAACUGUUGUAUAAUAAUCACAUUGGGUGAUUCUUGUACCACAGCUUGUACAGGGUUCAUUGUAAUUAUUUUCCAUCUAGACAUCUCUAAACAAUGCUGAAUUUUCAACUGUAAUAAGAUAGAAGUAAGAGAAAUAGUAAGUGUUUUACUAGAUUUUUAAGUUGUCACUACUUUCACUUCUUCCAUCCUACCCAAUUUAUCUAGUUUUGUCCAAAUUCAUUUUUAGUUUAAAAGUUUUAGUAGCAAGUUGAAUCACUGUGUUGUAGACUAGUUAUUAUACUGAGUUUAUACUUGGUUAUUUGAUACUAUUUCUUUAAGUUUAGCUUUUUAAUUCCAUCAAUAAUGCUUAGCUACUAGUUAAUCUUAAUUAGGAUAAACAACCUGUGGAUUUUUUUUAGUAUCCUAAAUAAUUAAGUGCAUACCAUUGUGGUUAAUCCCCAUAGCUUUUUGAACUUUAUACUCGGUUUUAUAACACUAGUCCAUUUAAUACUUGCUUUCUAUUUUAGAAUGUCAUAUUUAAUUAAGAGGUUAUUUUA